AUGUCGACCCAAAAAGUCCAAGCUUCCGUCCUGCACGGUGCUCGCGAUCUUCGUGUUGAAGAGCGUGAUCUGCCCAGUCCCGCUGCCGAUGAGGUCCAGGUCGCCGUUCAGGCCACCGGUCUCUGCGGCUCCGACCUGCACUACUUUAACCACUACCGCAACGGCGACAUCAUCGUCCGCGAGCCCCUCACCCUCGGCCACGAGUCCAGCGGCACCGUCGUCGCCGUUGGCAGCGCCGUGCAAAACCUGGCGGCCGGCGACCGCGUGGCCCUCGAAGUCGGCCUGCCCUGCGAGAGCUGCGAGUACUGCGACAUCGGCCGCUACAACAUCUGCCGGGGCAUGAAGUUUCGCAGUUCGGCCAAGGCAUUCCCUCACGCGCAAGGCACGCUGCAGGAACGCGUCAACCAUCCUGCGCGCUGGUGCCACAAGCUACCUCCGGCGCUUUCUCUCGACCUAGGCGCCGUGCUCGAGCCCCUUUCCGUCGCCAUGCACGCCCGCGACAGGGCCAAUCUGCCCGACGGCUCGACAGUGCUGGUGCUCGGCGCCGGCGCCGUCGGUCUUCUCGCUGCGGCCAUCAGCAAGGCCGCCAAUGCCAAGACGGUAGUCAUUGCCGACAUUCAAAAGGACCGCAUCGACUUUGCCGUGCAGAAUGGCUUUGCGGAUGCGAGCGUGCUGGUGCCCAUGGAGCGCCCGCAGACCAUCGAAGACAAGCUUGCGUAUGCGCAAAGGGUGGCCGACAUUGUCAAGAACACGGCUGUGAACGGACAGGCUGUUGGCGAGGUCAGUGCCGUGUAUGAAUGCACCGGCGUCGAGACGUGUGUGCAAGCGUCGAUUUACGCCACCAAGCCGGGCGGCAAGGUUAUGAUCAUUGGCAUGGGUACACCGAUCCUCACGCUUCCCAUGUCCGCCGCGGCCCUCCGCGAGGUCGAUCUCAUCGGUGUCUUUCGCUAUGCCAACACAUAUGCCAAGGCCAUUGCGCUACUCGCAAGCCGUCCUGCCGCCAUGCCGGAUCUGUCGCCGCUUGUGACGCACCAUUUCAAGGGCAUCGACAAUAUCCCCAAGGCCUUUGCCAUGGCCGGCCAGGUCAAGGACGAAGAGGGAAAGCUGGUGCUCAAGGUUGUAGUCGAUAUGGAGUAG